CAUAUGGCUUCUUGCUAGCAGAUGGCGCAGUAAUUUAGAUUUAGCAGGCUUGAAUCUGCAAGCUACGUUAAGUCCCAGCGGCCAAACUCAGAAAUGUGGGACGCCGCUGCAGGUAAAUUUAGAGUGGCACGCAGUUUGUGGUGUAACUGAAAGGAAACAACGCAACACGCAGGCCUGCCGUGGCACUACUUGACGCUAGCAAGCUAAAACAGCCAGCUACAAUGCUUUUCAUCACAUCCUCCCUCAUAAAAAGUGCCAGUGUCGUCCGGUGCGUCAGGCUGCUGCACAUUUCUCCCGUCUCCAGAAUGCCCAUUCAGGUUGGUGAGCAACUUCCCUCAGUGGAGGUCCAGGAGGGGGAACCAGGGAACAAGGUGGCGAUGGACCAGCUCUUCAAAGGGAAGAAGGGAGUCCUCUUUGCGGUGCCCGGAGCUUUUACACCUGGCUGUUCCAAGACUCACCUCCCAGGUUUUGUGCAGCAGGCAGAAGAUUUGAAGAGUAAAGGUAUACAGGAGGUUGCUUGCGUCUCUGUCAAUGAUGCAUUUGUCAUGGCAGCCUGGGGAAAGGAGCAUGGAGCAGAUGGCAAGGUUCGAAUGCUGGCUGAUCCCACUGGAGCAUUUACAAAGGCAGUUGACUUGCUGCUUGACAGUGAUCAGAUUGUGCAGGUUCUUGGAAACAAGCGCUCCAAGAGAUAUUCUAUGUUGGUGGAAGAUGGAGUUGUAAAGAAGAUCAAUGUGGAGCCUGAUGGCACCGGACUCACCUGCAGCCUGGCUUCCAACAUUCUGUCUGAGCUCUAGACUAAUUCCCAGUUUACGAUACCAGACCGCACACCCUAAGUUACUGUGAGAUUUGCACUUAUACAGCCUAGAACAAACCUGUAAAAGCUUUCUCCUCUUUCCAAAAACGGAUGCAAAUGUUAAGUAUCAGAAGCUCGGCUGAAAGGUCAACUAAUGCGCACAACUACAAUAUGAAUGGCAACCCUGAGAACAGUGCAUCCAUCUAUGUAUAAUGUUAAUGAUGAGUAAAUAAAAUUCACCCUGAAAGCAA